GUACCUGCAGUGUAUCUGUGAACUGCCACUGCCACCAUUGAAGCUUAGCUAGAAGAAGAAAAACGAUGGUGACACGUAAAACCCAUUUCCCGUUUCCCUUCUCUCUUUACAUCUAUCAUUCAACGGAGAAAUUUGAAACCGAUUUCUCUUUCUUUCUCUGCGUUUAUCAUUUGCCUGAAACUUGAAAGAGAGAGAGAGAGAGAGAGAGAGAGCACAAAAAUGUCGAAGAGAACGAGGGGAAGAGGUAGAGGUGCGGCGUCCAGGAAGAGGGGUGGACUUGAAGGUGGAGUAGGAAUAAUGGAGGAUUUGCUGGAUAUUUCACCCAAACAACCUUCACCGUCAUCGCCGCCGCCGUCGCCACCUCCGGGGUUUUCCUCUCUGACUACUCAAACUGUCUGCCGUGGAUAUGUUACUCGCCAGGCAAAGGCAUCAGGGUUUGCACGCUGUGGUGCACUCAGAUCAUUGCCUUCUACCACGAAGCGUGCCCAACGUAUUAUUCCAGCACCCAAAGAGAUACAUAAUGAUGCUGCUCCACAUAAUCUCCCAUUGGAUUUUGAGCACCAAACAGAGGCAACAGAUUUCCACACUACUACUGUCUUAUGCAAGCCUGCUGCUGAUGAUGCAACACUAGUAGUACAUAGACAACCAGAAAACUACGAAACUUGCAAGAGUGUUGCUGAUCAUUCAACGCGAUCUGAUAACUUUAACCUCACACAGAUCCUACACCUUGUAGACUCUGAUGAUGAGGAAGUUAGCUCAGCAGCGAAUGAUUUUCUGGUAACGGUUGAAGGGGGGUACAGGGUGAGGCCCGAAAGCGCACCUCUUAUCAGGGAAAUCUUUGCGAGGUAUGGGGAUAUUGUGAAGGGAAGUGCCCUGCAAUCUGUUGAAUACCGUUCUUCUUUCCUGGAGAGCAUAUGCAGCAUAUACCUGAGAUUGGACACGAUGAACCUACUGGAUAUUGCUGCUGGGGAGCUCAAAUCCAUGCUCAAUCUAGUCAGUGAUCUUGAACUGGCAAAGGUGGAAAUUGGGUGGCUUCAUUGCAGGGUGGAACAGAUUUAUGAAGCAAAGAAGUCCUUGAUGGAAGCUGGGAGCUUGAAGGCAACGAAGACGAAGGCUCUUCAAGAGAUGGAAGGGAAGAAGAAGGCAGUGGCUGACACGAAACAGGAGUUGGAGUGUUGCUUGGAGGCAUGCCGGGCCCUGCAGAGGAAACUCACAGAACUUGAAGACGAUGUUGGGACUGCAGGGGUCGAGAUGGACAAAAUCACUGAAAGGUAUUCAAAUAUAAAGUCCAAAGUGCAACGUUUCUACCGCCAUCCUUUGGUUAGCAACCUGCUUUGAUAAAGUCCAAAGUGCAACGUUUCUACCGCCAUCUAAAUAUUUGCAUCGACUCUUCAAUUCCUGUUGUACAAGUUCUAUAGCCAACUGAUGAGUUUGUUGAUAGAAUGAAUGCAUCCUUAUGCUUCUGUGCAUUCCAAUCUGCAGUAGCUUUCUGCUC